CGCUAGCAGCAGAGCUCAAAGCUGGGUUUGUUUUUAUCUUAAAGAUAAGUGAUAAUAAAUUUUAAGUUUUCCUAUCGUGGCCGGUAUGGCUGCAAGCAACGCGACGGUGUUUCUCCUCACGGUGAACGGACAAAUUGAAGGAGCGAACUUUCCAGAGUACGACAACUUGUACUGUAAAUACUGCUUUGUCUACGGUCAUGACUGGGCUCCAACCUCGGGUUUGGAGGAAGGAAUCACUCAAAUUACCUGUAAAGGUGUUCAGUCUUCACACAGGCUAAUCUGGAACUUUCCUCUAGAGGCAACAUUUAAGAGCACAAGCCCAUUUGGAUGGCCUCAGCUUGUGGUGAGUGUUUACGGUCCUGAUGUGUUUGGCAAUGAUGUGGUCCGAGGUUAUGGAGCUACACAUAUUCCUUUCACACCUGGACAUCACACCAGAACCAUCCCCAUGUUUGUUCCUGAACCCACGUGGCGGCUCCAGAAAUUCAUGAGCUGGCUGUUAGGACGGCGGCCGGAGUACACGGACCCCAAAGUGGUGGCCCAGGGUGAAGGCCGAGAAGUGACUCGUGUUCGUUCCCAAGGCUUUGUCACCGUCUCCUUUCACAUCAUGACUAAAGAUAUGAAAAAAAUGGGCUACGACACUGGACCUUCAAAUCCUGGAAUCACACAAUCCUCCACAUCAGGCUGGUCGACCUCGGAUCAAUAAUAGAAACUCUGACAACACAAGACUGUAUAAGAGGAAAACUUACAGACCUCUACACGUUUAUUUUUUCUACUGAGGACGUAUGGAUUUUCACCUAACAAGAGAACACCACUUGUUUUAUUUUUUGUACUGUUCAACCUGUGUCCAUGUUGAAAUGGAAGAAACAACAGUACAGGGCGUGGUUGGCAACUGAUCAGUCAGAACACACUCAAACAUGAAUGAUUUUUAAGCAAGUGUGGACAUUAAAGCUCCUGUGUGUGGGCUUUUAGUAGCCAUGAAGCAUGCUAAAAUUAGUACUGAUGCCCCUUUACAAGCUUAAAAGAAAAAGAACAAAAGCAUAGCUAUUAUUAUAGUAAUAUCCUUAAAAUGGUUUAAAUUUAAAAUAAGCUGUAGCUCUUGAGUGAGAUUUGUGCUUAGAUGUAUGUAAUUUACUCCCUAAAAUAUACAUUGUGCAUGAUCCUUCGUGCAUCAUUGUGCGCCUUAACCACUUCCAGGGAUGGUGGGGGGUCUUCAGUCACUGGCGUUAUCUUGGGGGUCAUGGUCUGAAAAGUUUGGGGACCCCUGCCCAAGGCUGUUCUUAUUUACCACAUCCAGCCCCUUCUUCACCCUUAAGGUGUUGGCUUUUUUUUUCCAAUAGCUUAUUUUCCCCAAACCCCUGGUAAAAUGCAAGGACAUCCAGAGCACCACCAGGGUUGUGUUAAUCCUCCUUCCCAUCCGACGGUGCCCUCAGGCAGCCUACUCACCACAUCUACACCUUUUUUUGGCCCAAACAUGACUAAAAGUUCUGCACAGAACUGUAUUUAAAGAGUCUGUGACUGUGAUUAUAGAGUCUUGAACUUGCUGCAUGCUGUCAUUUUGUACUUUUUUUUAAAUA